AUGUCGGCCCCGACUCUGAUAUUUGCACCUGGGGCGUGGUAUCCGCCUACAGUAUUCGAUUCGAUCAUUGCCAAGCUGCCUGAGUACCGCUGCCGUACUGUUGCAUUUCCCUCCAUCCAAUCGGCGACUCGGAUUUCAGACCUCCAACCGGAUAUUGACGCUGUGCGGCGUAUAGUUGAUCAAGAAGCCGAGGAAGAUCACGACAUAAUUGUCAUUUUGCAUAGUUGGGCGGGUUUACCGGUAUCCAGCGCACUGGAAGGAUUGAGCAAAUCCGAGCGCCAGACAAAAGGACGCAAGGGUGGCAUUGUGAAGCUAUUAUUUAUUGCAGCAUUUAUUCCCAUCCUCGGUGAAAGUCUUAUUGGUGCAUUUGGCGGAACGCCUCCAUCGUGGUAUAUACGGGAUGAAUCUAAUGGUACCGUGACUGCCCACGACCCUCAUGGGUUGUUCUUCCAUGAUGUGCCCAACGGAGCAGAGUGGGCCAAAGCACUUGCGCCUCAUGCAUGGGCAACAAAGAUUGCACCUGCUGCUGGGGUCGCAUAUAUGACCAUUCCGUGUGCUUAUCUUCUCUGCAAGAACGACCGUGCGAUUCCUUUCGCGGUUCAACAGAGACUGGUAGAUCGGGCGCGCGAGGGAGGGGCCCAAUUCGAAGCCGAAGUAAUUGAAACUGGGCAUACGCCCUGGCUAGCGGCACCAGAUCAGUUUGUAGCUUACAUCAAAAAGCAUGCAAUGCCACGUGUGUGA